UUUUAAUGAAGGAAACGAUCAUACUUUGCCGGACCGUACAGCGCACGACCAGGGUGUACUGCAACCACAGCAGUUGUCUCCCCUUACAACAGGUAGAAACUCACGAGAGAAAGAAAGGAAUGGGUCAAAGAAAAGAUCAAGAGAGAGUUCUCCAUUCAGAGAUGUUAGACUAGAUGGUUCAGAUGAUGAGUUUGAUGAAGAGUUCAACAACUGGAUGUCAUGUAGCCAGGAGGAAAUACAGCAAUUCAUCAAGGCACAAGAAAAUAAGAACACCGCCAAGAAAACUAAUUCAAACAUGACAACACUUGCCAAGUGGUUAGAGAAAAAUAGAGGUGAAACAAGACCCCUUCAAUCCAUCCCUCCACACAGACUUAACAGUCACCUUUGCAAGUUUUUUAUGGAUGCCAGGAAAAGUAACGGUGAAAACUAUGAACCAUCAUCCCUUAAAGGAAUGUUAUCAUCAUUCAACCGACAUCUGAGGGAACACAAUUAUGCCUACUGUCUCAUUAGGAGCGAGGAGUUCGCCCAGCUUAAUAUGGUCAUUGCUUCCAAGCAAGUGGAACUGAAAAGAAGUGGGAGAGGAAACAGACCUCGUAAAGCGGAUUGCCUCACAGAGGAUGAAGUCGACUCAUCAGGUAAAUCCAUGUUAUGA